GAUACUCUCCUCAGUGAGUUCGGGGACUCCUGUACCUACGCCCAUCACUCUCCCAAUCGAUCUGCUACGGGUCGGCCGGCCCAUCCCAGCGGCCAUCAGAGCACCACCACCACUGCCCGCAAGCCGACGCCAUCCUCGGGAGCCUCCAGACGGAGGAAGAGCA